AUGUCCUCAUCCCGCCCCGCGGUCACACCUACAACCCCAACGUAUCCAGUACCCUCGGCUAGUACAUCAUAUGCGACUUUCCCUCCCAAUCCUCCACGAUCCUCCUCCCUUGCCGCCGCCAGCAACCCCCCACGCACCUCGUCACUCUUACCGCCGGCGAGAAUUCUUGUGGACCAAGGCGCUCCACACGCAAUCGCUUCACCCCCCGACCCGUUCAGCGACCCUCGGCCGGCACCCAAGAUCCCCGACGCGGCGAGAGAGGGAGAUUCGCGCCACAGGAGGGGCCAUUCAAGGGGUCAUUCGCGAUCAAGCAGUGCCGGCGGUCUAAGCGAUACCCUGCGCAACCUCAACCGCUGGUCGGCUUCCACGACAUCGAGUCGCGCUUCCAACUUUGUGGGCUUCACUCGUCCGAAAUUCCGGGCUGAAUCACCGGCACCAUCGGCAGCACCCGUCCCGCCGCUGGCAAUUUUACCCCGGAUCUCGACCGGCCCGUCGCUGGAGCAUGAGGUUCUCGAGUUAAACCUGCUAGGAGUGUUAUCAUCAACUGAGCAGCCUCAAUCGCACCCGGAGCGGAGCGAGGAUUUUGGAGCGUAUUGGAAUGGUCGAUCGCAAGCUCUGGAAGAAGAGCGAGGAUUGUCGUCGCUUCAUCCAAGUACCGCCGAACCGCGGCUGCCAUCCGGAAUGAUCACGCAUCAAUCAACCAUGGCCUACGCACAGAACGGCCAUGCCAGAGGCCACUCACGCGGUCGACCAAGCGGGCCAAACAGCAGCGCCGAAAUCACUGUUUCGCCAAGAAGCCGAGAGAAAGAUCGCGAUCGCGACCGAGAACGGGAACGUGGCGGGAAACCUCCAUCUCAGAAGGCAAUGUUGUCGAAAGCGUUGCAGAAGGCAAACACGGCGGUCCAAUUGGAUAACGCGCAGAACCUUGAGGGCGCGAGGAGGGCGUAUGCCGAAGCAUGCGCUGUGCUCCAGCAAGUGCUCCUACGGACCUCCGGGGAGGAGGACAGGAGGAAACUGGAGGCCAUUGUAACGAGAUACAACAGUAACUCCUCACUCAGACCUCCCGUGGAUAACAACUAUAUGCCUCCACCGCUGUCUCCUCGACGGCCAUCAUCUCCCGGCAGGGGAUCCCCCGCACCACACGAGCAAGUGAGUCCCAAGCGAGCAGCUGGGCCCGAGAUACCCAUCUCCAGCGGUCGGUUAGCCCAGCAGGCCCCGUCUGGUCAUCAGCGGGGCAACAGCCAUGAGUCGGUCUCGUGGCUCGAUCCGAUCGAUGAAUCCGAGCAAUCCAGCGUGUCUUCGGUCCAUUCGCGGUCGUCGUCAAAGGUGAGGAGGAAACACAUACGUGCUGCAAGUGGUGCCACCGGAGCCGAGUUUGACGCCGCCCUGGACGACGCGAUCGAGGCGGCAUAUGACGAUGGAUACGAGCCGGAGUCGGAUUACUUCGGACACGAAUACAAGCCGGGGCUCGGUGGCGACCCGAUCGCCAACACAUUGCGCCGUGUGGAAAUGGCGAGGGAACUAGUCCGGGAACAUGAAAGAGAGGCACUAGAGCUGGCGAACGAAAGGGAGAAACGGCUACGGUUACAGCAGCAACUCGAAGACGAGGAGUACAGGCGACAGGAAGCGAUAGGCGAGGACUUUUAUGACGGAAACGACUCGGAAGAGGGAGAGCGGCUGCUGGAGGAAAUAACAGGGGCCGACGCCGUUGAAGACUUCAACUAUGGAGCACGGUCCAGGCCGUCGGUUCCACGAGAAUCGGACUCGAGCGGGAUGACCAACCGCACCUGGCCGAGCUCCAUGGCGUCGAACCCGACGACCGCUACGACUCUCCUUACUACGGUAAGCGAAGACAAUGUCCCUUCUAAGCCUUCGGGUCCGUUGCCAGCGCUACCCGCCCAUGCGAUGUCGGAAUUGCCCCCGCCGCCGGGCUCAGCUGGUUCGCAAAACUCGGGCCAAAGCGUGCGCAAUCGCCGGCUUUCCGGGCAGAACCCGAAGGAGCUGAAAAUCGAAACGACGAAGCUUGCACCGAGUGCACCAGCAGCACCAGCAACGACGGGCGGUGCCAUCCCAGCUCAGUCGAAAUCGGGCAACUACAUCGUGCAGCAGCGUCAAGCCCUUUCAGCGGGUGCCAAUCGCACCCUUGGACCGCUCACAUCAAGGUCAGGUCCCUCGCCUAUUCCGCCUGGAGUGCCGGGAGAGGAUUCGGACGACUUACCUCCAAUGACCACGCCCCAAGAGGAAUACCCGCGUGUGGGCACUCCUUCCAUCGUGCGUCCAGCCUUACGGAAGAAUUACUCAUCCUCGAGUUUGAAGAGCCUGAGGUCGCGGAAUCCAUCCAUAUCGCACUUGGAAGAAACUUCCGACUUAUCGCCAGGCACACCACUAAGCACCCAAUUCGGUGCACGGCUGCCCGCCGUCCCAUCCCUUCCGCCAGGCGUCAAGGAGCGGGCAAAUAGUACCACACCUGGUGGGUUGCAACUGUUCGAGAGCAAUUUCCACUCGUCGGAAACCCCUGGGUCUCCGAAUGUGCUCGCCCCAGAUGCCCCGGCGCCACUUGAACCGUGCCCAAGCGAUGUUAUGCUGCGGCCGUUUUGGCUGAUGCGCUGCCUGUACCAAACCCUCUGCCACCCGCGCGGAGGCUACCUCAGCAACAAGCUGUUUGUUCCGCGAGAUGUAUGGCGCGUCAAGGGGGUCAAGCUCAGGAAUAUCGAAGAUAAAAUUGCCAACUGCGAUCUGCUCACCGCUGCGCUGCAGAAGCUGGCCAGAGUAGACACCUGCGAUGCCGACGCGGUCCUGGAGGAGAUGCAGUCGCUCGAGGGCGUGCUGGAGCAGGUGAAGACCACGCUUUCGCGCAAGCUGGGCAGCGAGGUUGGCCCGCAGGGCGCCGGGUCCAUGUUCAAAGACGCCAACGCAGUGGACGCCGACCCGGCCUCCAUGCCGAGGUCCGCGAGCGUCGCGGGCAAGGCGAGCAGCUUUUCGUGGCGGAGGCUGCGCAGCAAGAACAGCUCGGCCAACCUGCCUGGCCUGGCGACAUCGUACGGUGGGAAAGGAGGCAGCGGUGGCGCGAGUUCGACCAACCUACACGAGGGCGCCACGGGCAAGGAUACGAUGCUGGCGAGCCUGCCCAUGACGAGUCACCCAACAAGCCGGCCGACGAAGCGGGAUGUCGCGAGUGUUGCGUUUACGGGACCCAAUGCGAAUUACAUGGCUUCGCUGGCGAAGUUGUUCGAUGCCGCGCAGGCAGUUGACCAAAUUGCCCGCCAGGUCGACGACCCCGGCCUCCGCCACGCGGACAAGACCCAAGUUGGACUCGAACUGUGCACCAAGCAUGCGACGGACUUCUUCACAUUUUAUAUAUGCCGCUUUGUGCUGUCCGACCUGACGCUGUUGUUGGACAAGUUCAUCAAGCGCGGCAGCGAGUGGGUGCUUGCGUGA